GUGUGUGUGUGUGUGUGUGUGUGUGUGUGUGUGUGUGUGUGUGUGUGUGUGUGUGAGAGAGAUAUACCAGUUGUCCACAUAUACCAGUGUUGUCCACUGAGCUUUCGGGGUCUGCACGUCUAUGUGUUAUCUUCACAUAAUCGUUAUAAUGAAACGGUCCAGUCUUAAAAAAAAGUUCCUGUUUGCUUCUUGGGAAUACUUUUUUUCCCCCUCAUUUCUUGAAGGCCACGUCAAGAUUUUUCAACAAGAACUCGUAUUUCGAGGAUGGAAAAGCUUGUUGUGGAUCAUGCAGAAAAUUGUCUGUUAUAUCUAAUGCUUGAAUUUUUAAGGAGCCAGUUGAUGGAGCAGCUGAACUCUCAAGAGGACUCCUUACUUGUGUCCGGUCUGAAGUGCCUUUGGACACAAAAUGAACCUCUACUGCUUUUUGGAAACGGUCUCCGACGUGGCGCCUCUGCAGACUUUAAAAGGAGGGCUGAAACGUAUCACUGAAUAAGCUUGAUGAAACGUGGCAUGCUGUGCACAUCAGAGAUGAAACUGGAGCUGCACGUAGUUGCAUCAGUGCUCUCUUUGUAACCGAACAUGUAGAGCUAUGAAGCUGUGCCAUAGAUGUAGACUGGUCCUUUUGAAAGGCAAAAAGUCAGUAUUUUUUUUCAUCCUGUGUAUUGUGGAUGUCAUUGCAUUCUUGUGAACGCCACUUUCCCAGAAAACUAAGGAAUCGGCUCGCAUCAGCUUAUGUGGUUUAUUAGUGAUGAACCUUUUUAAAGAGGUGUAUGUUUUGCUUCUGUCUGUUCAGAAUAAAAUAGUUUUUGUAAGGUAGGGAAUGUUUUAUUUCAUGUCCGUGUCUGUGUGUAGCUGCAUGUUGCUUUGGUUUUACUGAUUUAAUUUUUAAAAACAAUUGCAUUAUUUGAAAUGGAAAGCCAAGACUUGAGCGCCAGUUGCUCCACCAGAGGCAGGACCUGAACUUUUGGGGUUAUAUUUUCCAGGCUAUUUGCCAGUUUGCUACUGCCGCUGUCCAUACUGGUUUCUGCCACAAGUUUAGUCAUGUUCGAUAUUCGGGCUCCAGACGAUGUUGUCUAAUGGAUUAUUGCUGCUAUUAUCAACAUGUCUGGGCCGUCUUCCCAGGUUGUGAAUAAAUAUUAGUUUACUGAAACUUCAGCUGAAACUUUGGUUGAUUAUUUAUUUUUAAAUGAUUUCUUGGCUCUGAUAGAAACACCCUUCAGUCUGCAGUUGCAUGGCCCUUGGUGAUGUGCACUGUCUUGAGUAAUUACAUUGUUCUCUUUGUCCCCCCACCUCCCCUCAUGUGAGGAGAUUAGCUCAGAGUAAUUUGUCAGAUGUGAUAAGGCAGUCCUGGAGCAACUAAGAAAGCAUAGCGUAAGCUGGGAUUUCUGCAAAGUAAAGUCAGUGGUGAGUGCGGAGCUGCUUUGUCUUUACAGUAUGGGCCAAGCCGCUGUCCAGACUUGUGGAAGAAGCAAGUCCUAUGUUACAGAGCUGUAUGAAUGGUUCAGAAAGUUUGUUAUCGAGUGUCCAAGUGGGCUAAUCGCUCUUCACGAGUUUCAAAGGCAUUUCUGUGAUGGAACUGUGGGCAGUGAGUCAGCAGAGUAUGCAGAACAGAUUUUCCGCACGCUUGACAGCAAUGGGGAUGGGGUGGUUGACUUCAGAGAGUAUGUCAUAGCCAUCAGCAUGCUUAUUGAAGGUUCAGCUGUUGAGAAACUACGCUGGUCAUUCAAGCUCUAUGACAAAGACCGAGACGGAGCCAUCACAAAGGAGGAAAUGCUGGAGAUCAUGCAGGUGUGCAGGCUCUGUGUCGUGGUAUAUAAAACAGAAGAUGUGCCAGAUGUUGCAGUUCGACUGAUGUGCGUUUCUUUGUUCGGACAGGCUGUUUAUAAGAUGAACGUGGCUGCUGGUUUAACCAAACCGAACCCACUUACAGCUGAAGAAUGCACCAGCAGGAUAUUUGUGAGAUUAGAUAAAGACAAUAACGCAAUCAUCAGUCUGGAAGAGUUCAUAGAGGGAGCGCUGGAUGACAAUUGGAUCAGAGAGAUGCUGGAAUGUGACCCGAGCACCGUGAAGGUGGGGAGGCCGCUGAAGAGGGACACUGCUUUGGAAAACCCACGGUUAAUUUGAAGUGGUUCACUAUUUAGGCACACUGGACCAGCCCGUGUUUGUGCUAAAAAUUCAAGGAAUUAAAUUCUAUCUUCAUCUAUUGUAUAACUUUGUCGUAGCUGCUUUAGAGUGCUGUAACAUUUGGAGCUUAUUUUAUCAAGCUUCCACAAGAUGAAAUGCCGUGUUUGUGUUUUUAUGUAUUGCUCUGUUCUCGGUUAUUAAUAUUCCUCAAACAUACCAGAUUUUAGAAAAAGUAUAAAUUUACAUAUGUAAAUCCAUAAUGUACACAUGACACAUGUGAGUGAAAAAAGAAAAAAAAGAACUGUUAUUAUUAAAUUCUGCACUUGUGGACAGAUUAACUUGCACAAAGUAAUGGACCCUAAUAACAUUAUCAGAAUCAGAAUCAGAAAGGGUUUUAUUGCCAAAUGUUGAGCAGGUUUACAACAUUAGGAAAUUGCUGCGGUGCUUAGUGCAAACAUACUGUCAUAAACGCUUAAAAUAGAUAUAAAAAUAAGAAUAAGAAUUAAAAGUGCUAAGUAGAUAGAUAUAUACAUGAGUGCAGGUGGUGAUCAAAGUUAAGAAGCUCUUCUCUGGUGUAAGAAUAUCCAGAGGAGUGCCCAGACACAGAGGUUAUGCACAAAAACAAAACAGAAAGAAGACAUCUCCACUAAUGAGGCCUCACCAAUGGGUAUUCAUGCUACAUCAAAGUAAUUGGGUAAUAGACUAACAAAAAUUAAAGAAAAGUUACUAUUUUUUCACUACUACAUUAUUUAUUUAUUUAUAUUUACAGUAGAUAUAUAGUGUUAAAACGUUUUCUGUGGAAAAAAACCAUUAUUUUAAACAUGUAUUUUUGAAAUUACAGGACAGUAAAUGACCAAUGUGAUUUUUAAAAAAUGUAAUUUUUACACAUCUAUUUCUUAAAAUUUACGCUCGGAGAAUCAUGCUAUUAUUAUUUUAUUUUAUUCUAUUUUAUUUAUGUAUUUAUUUAUUUAUUUUUCGUCACUGACGCGUUUACACCACUUGGUGUCGCCUGUACUUCUUUAAAGCUCACUAGCCACAAAAGUAAGGCUUCCAAGAAUUUAAGGAAUACGUCUCUUCCCCGAUCCAGGAAAACAUGGGAAAUUUCACUUUUGCGUUACUUAGCUCGACGGACCGCUGUGUGUGAAAGCUGCUGUUGGUUGUGACUAUUCCUACAUCAAGAUGACAAUAAAAAUGUUUGUUUUGUUUUUUCCAAACAGUUUCUGGUUUCUCUGAAUCAUUUCCCGUACCGGAGA